UGACGCCCGGCAAGGAGCAAGCAACGCCGACUGAUACUGCUGCCUGAUAGGCUUCUACCCCUUUCCGUCUCGCAGCGCAGCAACGCUGACUCGUAGCUCAAGCCCACCGACAGUGCCUUCCGUUUCCCUCCGGCUCUCGCCCACCCUCGCUCCGGAGACGUGCGCAACUCAGCCGCCCACUUGUCAUCGGUUUACCAACUUGAGCGUCCAAGCCUGCUCGACACGACGCGAAUCAUGUACACUGAGCAUUACCCGCAGCCGCAGCCACAACUGCAACAUCCCAGCCAUGGAGAUCAUCAGGCCGCCCUGCAACAGCCUUAUUCACACCUGGCAAACAGCAGCACAGCGGGCGGCAGCCGCCGCACCCCAGUUGCCUCAACGCUGAUCGUCGCGCCGACGCCCAGGCGGCCCAUAACGCUGAUGCGCAAGCACAAGCACGACCAUCGACACGGGCCCUAUGCCUCUCCUUUGGCCGAGGAUUCCGCGCCAUCGCAUGCCGGUGCAGUGGCGCCGGGCGGAGAAGGUCGACGCAGUUCGUUGCCGGCAGGCAGACGACCACACCGCUCUGCGGCCGGACAUCAUACAUAUAAUGCAAUUCCUCCCCGUCACUUACUCUCAGCCGCAGUGCUCGAUGGCAGCCCCUCGUCUGUCAUCUCGAGUUGCAAUUCGACACCGACGAUGGCCUCGUCGCAGGCUAUGAGCAAUCACAGCUCCAGCGCACCUGAAACUCCGCCACUGCCACCGCUGCCGCAGUGCAAGGCCCCACCCGAGGCAAACCAAGAUAAGCACGAAGCAAUGACUUGCGCCUCGAUCUCGAUACAUCCAAAUACCAUUGGCCUCGGCAUCGAGAACGCAAGCGAAAGCGAGCAGGCGAGGAUGGGUGCAUCACCGCAGAUUCUCCCGACUCAGCUGCGCCCGAAAUCGAGACAAGACACAUCGCAACGCUUGCUCUCGCCGACGUGGCGGCCAGCGAAGCUGAUGCCAUUGCCAUCCUCGACAGAGCCAGUAAAGGCGGCGGCUCGGGUCAGUUCCCCUGGACCCACUGCAAGGAGCAGGCCCCCCUCGCCUGUGCUCGACACGCUCGCCAUCUCCACCAUGGAAGCGGUGGCAGAGAAAAGCCUCGCACCGACCAACGCCAGGGCCGCCGCUGCCACCGAUGACGUCUUUCACACCAGUGAGAAGAAUCAAGUCAAGCGACAAUCCUCGUCGGCAGCCGUCACUACAGCACACCCGCCCGUCGGCGCUCUCGGCAUCGAUUUGAUUCGAUCCCCACUCUCGCCCAUCUCACGCAUACAUGUGCGCAAUCCCUUCGAGCGGCGCUGGAAGCGCCGCGGCUGCGGUCGUGGAGACCAGGACGAGAGCAUGUCGAGCGAGGAGGACAGCGACUCUCCCAGCGCCGCGCUUCGCCGGCCCUCGUCGGCGCAUGCCGGCCUCCUCAGCGCUGCCUCCAAGCAGCAUGCGCAGCCAUUCGCAUCGUUAUACGGCCUUCAAGCCCUCUCCGCGCUGCCAGAGUCCAAGCUGCUACGAAAGUACCUUCGGAGCAGCAGCGAUAGUGGCGUCGGUGGUUCUGCGGCGUCGCUGUUUGGCCUUUUGGAGGUCCAGCAGCAAUGCGAGCACGCUGUCGACGCCCAGAUGGAAGAGAGCGAUAUUGUCGACAUGGACUGUCGAAUGGAAGGCGACGAAGACGAGGAUGGAGAGCAGAUGCUGCUGUAGGAGUUAACCGAAGAUACCAGCACCAUCAAUCACAACAAAUAGCAUACCAUGCAGCACACGCACGG